AUAAUGAAGAUAGUUUAAUUUGAUCCAUGUAUUUAUUUCAGCCCUGGAUGAUGCUGCUGAGCAAUUCUACCAGGAUUUCAUGGUGGGCAUGGAAGAAGCUCCAUCCCUCAAGGAGACCCUAGGACUUGAUCACUACUAUGCCGACGAAACUGAAGAUGAAAUCAAAACUGAACUAGGUAGGAAACUAAAGGAAUACCUGGAAGAGCUUUUGCAGAAGAUCAAGGACGCUAUAGAUCAUGGUAAAACUGUUAGGGAAGACCUUAUGGAUAAGCUGAGAGAACUAAGGGAGAAGAUGAAGGAACUGCGCGUUAAGGUUGGUGAUAAAGCCAAAGAUCUGAUGGAAAAACUUAAAGAAAAAGCAAGGGACUUUGUCCGCGAGUUACUUGAUAAACUUGGACUGGAAAAGUCAAAGCGAUCCGAAGAGGAAAUCGAGGCUGCUCUUGCAGAUUUUAAUAUCAAGGAUAUCUUCAAGAGGUUGAGGGACUAUCUGUUGAAAGAUGUUAACAAAGAAGAGUUGAAAGCAAAGGUUGAAAAAAUCUUCGGUAAAGGUAGUGAGAUGGGUGAUGCUUUGUUGGAACUCAUCAACAAAAAGGGCGAAAAAUACAAGCAGAAACUCCUCGACUUAGUUGACCGAUUUUUGGGCAAAAAAGAAGAGAGAGCCUUGGCACACCGAUCUCUGCAAGACUACUGGGAAAAAAUAAAAGAGUAUUUUAAGGACCUCCACAUUACACUCAAAGAAAAGUACAUGAAAUUCGGCGAAUGGGUCAAGAAUGCCAUCGACAAAGGUCUUGCCAAAUCCAAGGAUAAGCUUGAAAACAUCAAGAGCAUCGCACGUGAGUUCAUUGACCAUGCCAAGGGUGUCAGCAAGGAAGUUGCAGAAGAGGCUCUUGACUUCAUGAGACCCUACAAAGAUGAUUUGGGAUCUCUAUGGGAACAACUGAAGGAAACCGUCAAAGACAUUGUCAACAAGAAAGAUUAAGGCACUCUUAUAUGAUUAUUGAUGUAAAUUAAUAAUUUAUGAAAAUAAAUUAUUUGUAAUACGAUCA